ACUGAAUGGUUCGUUUCUUUUCCGGACAUGAUUUUCAUGUUCCUUGUCAUUUUGUUCGAAAUUCACCAUAGCAGACGUGAGAUAUGCAAGCCUAUAAAAAAUCCUUGUUAUCCUGAAAUCAAUUACGAUGUGACAAAAAAGAUGAAAAUACCAAGAGUUAAGCACUUGUAUCCACUACCGUUGAGGUAUUUAUGUGUCUAUACACUGACCCUUGGUCCCAAAGACAUUCCUCCAACUAACUAUGAUUUUACACUCCCCAAGCACCGACUGGCUAGUUUCAGACACUGGCCAAAGGAACACCCUGUGUCUCCAAUCAGGUUAGUGAACAAUGGAUUUUUCUUCAUCGACACUCAAUGGCCAGUCAUUGAUGAUUCUGUGAUGUGUCACGCUUGUUUUGUGACGCUAUCUGGAUGGAGGAUCGAAGACAAUAUUUACGAAGUUCACAGACGUAGCUCACCACAUUGUCCGUUCCUUGCUCAGCUAGGAGAAGCGGCAAAUGGGGUCGUCCAUCAGGAUAUAGCAUCGUCGUCUGCUAACAUUGAUCAAACAGGUACGCUGGAAAUUAUCGCCGGAGAAACGAGCUCAAAUUUGUCCGGAAACACUAGUUCGAUUUAUCCUGCGCCAAAUCAAGACUCUAACACGUCACUUCCGCCCAGGAAUAGUGAAGCCGUCAGUUUAACAGAUACCGAUUCCGAACUGUCCAGUUCAAUUGUAAUUCGCAUCAUCCACCCCCAAAGCCCAACGCCUGACGAAGACAUUGAACUUUUAACGAGUAAUCAAUCCAAUUUCCCAUUAAUGGAUGACAUUGACCUGUCCAACUCGACAGCCAAUAGUCAAUUAAUAAACUCCAACUCAGCGACAAACAUGACGCUGUCAAACCCACCACAAGCCAUUAAUGUCCAAGCAGCGACUCAGCCAAGACCAGACGCUGAGGAUGUUCAACGUAGUGAAGGAAACAGCAGGGGAGAGAGUACUUCUCAACAGCUGAAUGCAUUCAGCCCACAGAGUGUCGAGUCCGCACCACUACACAACUAUUCUUCUAUACAAGUCAGAAGAGAAACAUUCCGGUACUCGGGACUUUCUCCCGAUGGCAUCGACGCCUUGGUGGAGGAAGGCUUCUAUUUCACUGAAUCGGGUGCCAUCAGAUGUUUCUACUGCCACACCACUAUUCAAAGAUGGCGAAGUCAACCUCAAGGCCACCUCACUCACCUUCAUCUUAACAUCGAUUGUGGAUUUAUUCAGCACAGAGAAAGCGGGACCUAGAUAAAGCGGAACACAGAGCAAGUGGGACUUGGUGAAAGCGGUGGUUCAAGUGUACCUGUUUUAAUAAUUUUUUAUUUUUUUUUUUACUUUUUUAAAUUCAGUACUGUAAUAAUGCAUGUGGAGCUCAUAAUCUCAUUAUAAUCAUAAUCAUUAUUACAGUUGUAAAUCUAAGGCAAGCUCUCGGCGAUAGGGAAGGAAUAAUCAUACAGGAUUAAUCAUUAAGUAAUAACUAAGGUAGAGAGAGAGAGAAAGACAACCCAACUAUCAGUACAUUGUGUUCUGUCUCUCAUUAGCAUAGCCGGCAUUAAACUGUUUCUUCUCCCCUAAAUAGUCUGUCCAUCACUCGCGCGGAUCAGUGUGCACCAUACUACUCACCAUACUGCGCACCAUACGCGUCGGCGCAAGAGCAGUUAUUACACUAUUAAGGGACCACUCUGAUCAAGAAAAGUUAUGUGCUGUGAGUCUGUGGCAUUACAGCCCAACCGAUGGUGUUCACUUCUUAUGAAACAAGGGAUAAAUGGCUGCUUUCAUCUAGAUUCUAGAACAUUGACAGUAGCAGGGGCGGACUGGCUAUAUGGGCGUUCGGGCAAAUGCCCGGUGGGCCGGUACCCAAACGAGCCGGUACCUAAAUGAGCCGGUAAAGCCACCUAAAGGGCCUCAUGAAUGCCACUAUUGCAGGUUUUCUAAUAAUCUCUUACAUAAUGGGCUAUCUGAGCAUCAUGUUAAAAAUAGCUUUUACAGACUCUACUGGGUAAUGCUAAUCAAACACAUUUUCAAAAAGAAUGUAAUAACCUACAUCCGUAGGCUUCAUCCUUUAAGGGCCUACACACUGAGCGAUUAAAAAGCAAGAUAAGGCCCAUAUUUCUUAUAAAGGUAUAAAGCAGGCGUACAGAUAUAGACACAUUAUAAAACUUAACGUAAUGAUUUUGAGAACCGAUAGACCUAUAAUUGGAGGCCCAUCAUAUGAUAUACAAUUUAUGGGCCGUAGUGUAUAGAAAUGCCAGGUCCGAUUAUGACACCCAGACCGCCCCUGGACAGUAGCUAGCAAUAAAAAUACAAAUUAUUAAAGACCUAAAAUACGAAAGCUUGUAAGAGUUUAAAUGGCCAUGUAAAUCCAAUUUUGGUUUUCCAAAUAUAUCUAAAAUAAUAUGCUGAUAAAAAUGAUAGUUUCUUGAUUUUAAAAAAGGAAAGUAUUCUCUGUUGAGUGACAUGUUUUUAAUGUAACUUAGGCAUUACAAUACAUUGUAAGUCCUUUUUAAGGCUAGAACUAGAACUAUAUACUGUAGUGUCCUUUCACAUUGAUAUAGUCUCAACACUUUAAAUGCCAAUAUAGACAUAUCUAUAUCUUUAAAUAGAUAAAAUAAUAAUAGGAAUAUAAUGUAAUAUUACAUAAAGUUAACAUGUCGAUGACAAAAGUGAUUUGUAAUGAUAUUUAUAUAUUUAUAGCUUUUUAUAUAGCGCUACUUUCAUGCU